CCCACGCUCCUGUUUCGAACCGCUGUCUUCUUCCUCCUUGACCUUAGCACAUGCGCGCACUUCUCCAGGACUUUGGUGUCUGUCCUUUCCCUUUUGUGGAGGAGACACUGUGAGAGGCAGCCAUGGAGAAGCCCAGGAGCCUCUCCAUCAGGCCCACCAGGCUACUACUGCUCGCUUCAACCGUCUCCUCCUCUCUCCUCUUCUUCUUCUACUUCUCCUUUUGGCUUCUGGAGAACGCCCCCUCCGGCAGCAACUCCGCUGCCUAUUUCCAGCUCGUUGGAGGCAUCGAGGCUGUGGGAUCUCACCCCUUUACUGACUCCGACAGCAGUCUCUUGGAUAAUGCGACUGGGAUUCCCAUCGCUGCUGCGACUCACGUGUCGGUGGUUGGCAAUCUCUCUCUGGAGGCUCGGAGCGUAGGAAACGAGGGGAAAGACGAGAUCUUUGAUGAUGUCCAAGAGAGAGAAGCUAGUGAUUCUUCCACUGAAGUACCGGAUUCAAAUGAUUUUGGAGGAGGUCCAGAUACAUUUGAAGACGAUAACAGUACUGAUUUGCCCGAUGUCAAUCUCAAGAACAGUUCUGGGUUCUCUGGCGAGGUUUUAGCUGCUGUAGCCGAAAGGAUUGGAAGAGGAAGCAGUGAGUUGGAUGCUAGAGGAAUGGAAAGGGGGAAAUUGGAGGCUGAUACGACGAUGAGCAACAGAAGUUUCUUUAGUUCCUUUGGUCAAGGAGAAGCUUCACAUGUGGAGAAUCAUGGGACCAAGGACAAAACCACAUGUGAUGUUUCUGAUGGAAGAUGGGUUUUUGAUGAGAGUUAUCCUCUCUACGCGAGUAACUCGUGCCCCUUUGUAGAUGAAGGCUUUAGCUGCGAGCAAAAUGGGAGGUUGGAUAAAGACUACAUGCAAUGGAGGUGGCAACCUUACGGCUGCAGCAUUCCACGGUUCAACCCUGUGAUAAUGCUGGAACUAAUCAGAGGGAAAAGACUGGUUUUUGUUGGAGAUUCAAUUAACAGGAACCAGUGGGAAUCGAUGCUGUGUAUGUUACGAAUGGCUCUUUCUGAUCCUACCAGAGUUUAUGAGGCUCGGGGGCGGAGGAUCACAAAGAACAGGGGAAAUUACAACUUUAAAUUCCCAGACUAUGAUUGUAGUCUCGAGUAUUAUGUAAGUCAUUUUUUGGUGCGUGAGAGCAAGGCAAGAUUAGGACAGAGGCGCGUGAUGACGCUACGAAUUGAUACUAUAGACAGGAGUUCAUCGAGAUGGAGAGGUGCAGACAUCCUUGUGUUCAAUAGCGCUCAUUGGUGGUCACACCACAAAACUAUGUCUGGUGUGAAUUACUACCAGGAAGGCAACCAAGUUCAUCCACACCUCGAUGUUUCUACUGCUUUCAGGAAAGCUUUACUGACUUGGGCAUCGUGGGUCGAUCAACAUGUCAUCCCCGGCAAAACCCAAGUCUUCUUCAGAAGCUCAGCACCAUCACAUUUCAGUGGCGGCAAAUGGAAUUCCGGAGGGCACUGUAAAGAGAGCAUCCAUCCUCUGAAUGAUACCAAUGUGAGACAAGUUCCUGAAAAGAAUGUAAUCUUGGAGCAAGUUGUAAGGCAAAUGAAAACUCCUGUGACCAUUCUCAACAUUACGAAUCUAUCUGGACUUCGGAUCGAUGGUCACCCAUCUGUAUAUGGGCGAAACCCCAGUAAAGGAACUCCAACCAGCAUUCAAGAUUGCAGCCACUGGUGCCUUCCUGGAGUCCCUGAUACAUGGAAUGAGUUGCUCUAUUUCUACCUAUUGUUGAGAGAAAAGCCAGCCUUUACAAGCUAGAGUUCUCUCAAAGCUAGCAGAUGGAAGACACAAGAUUCUUUUCUUUUUGGUGAGGCAGAUGCAUGCAUGUUGCUGUUGCUUGUGUUCAGCAUAAUGCAUCUAAUUUUCUUUUAUUUUUUCCCCAUUGCAUAUAGGUUCAGAUAUUUCAUUGUCACUUGGCUUUUUGAUUUUGAGAAACAAGGUUGUGAUGUUAUUUCAUGUUUGUAACAAGAAGCUUUUUGAUUA